AUGGCAUGUGGUGGCAAACCAAUUUCAAAAAAGUUGUAUACUCGCGAAAAUUAUGAAACAGCUGAGGUCUCUUCUGGCAAAAGACAAAUAAACGAUCCAGACCAUAAGAUUAUACCCAUUGCAUACGAAGAGGAUAGUCAUUUACAAUUAAAUCUCGAUGCCUUGAAAAUCGUACUCUCGAACCCCUUGAUAGGUGAUAAACCAAUAUCUAUCAUUUCUGUUGCUGGACAAUACAGAACAGGGAAGUCUUUUUUGCUGAAUUUCUUUAUUCGGUAUCUACGAAAUAAAGGAUGGAAAAACUGUGAUUGGAUUGGAGACGAAUCAACCAAAGUUACAGAUGGAAUUGAUUGGCAGAAAGAAACAGAAGCGCAUACGAAAAGAAUAUUAAUGUGGCCAGAAAUUUUUGUUGUGAAAGAUAGAGGGAAUGAGGUUGCUAUUCUUCUAAUGGAUACUCAAGGACUGUUUGAUACAGAUACAGAUUCGGACACAAAUGCAAGGAUUUUAUCCGUCAGCACUCUGCUGAGUUCACACCAAAUACUGCAUUUGCAGUUAUGCAGUAAUCAUGCAAAAGCUGCCACGAGAAACGUGAGAAAAGAAAGUGUCUUCAAUGAGCCGUUUCAGACUUUGACUUUUCUUGUUUGUGACUGGCAAUAUCAAUUCGAGCAUAAAUAUGGUGAUGGCGGCAUGGUCUAUCUAGAUGGAAUUUUGAUUCGAACAUCAAAAUCAACUGAAGUAAACAGCGUGAAAAAAUCAGUCCGAAAUGCUUUUAGUAAUGUUCGAUGUUUUUUGAUGCCUCACCCUGGAGAUGAUGUGCUCAGAAGGAGUAAAAUGAAUGUUACAAAUAAAGAACUUGGUGAAGAUUUCAUAACCAUGGUUCAGGAACUUGCCACAAAAGUUUUACAUCCAAAGAAUCUGGUCAUCAAAAAAAUCGAAGGUAAAACGUUGACUGGAAAUCAGAUACUUGAACUGAUGUCUACAAGUUGCAAACAAGCUGUUUCAAUGUGGAAACUGGAAAAUUAUCACGAGAAAGCAAUGAAAAGCGCAAAACGAAAUUUUCAACAAAAUGCAAAAUUUGGAAGUGAAGUUAUCAAAAUCGCAUGUUGGUCAUUGUAUGUCGUUGCAGAUGACGUCAAAAAAGUCUUAAACUUCUAUCCUCAGCAUUAUAAAGUUUGUUCAUGGUAUUUAUUUUUAUCUUCACAGAGAAAACAAAUUGAGGUCGCAUCAUCAGCAAAAGAAAGUUGUCUGUAUGUCUAUCAAAGUAACAUGAAUAAGGUUUUCAAAGAUGAAACAUUGUCUCCUCGUAAUCUUCAAAUGUUUCAUGACAAGCAUCGAAAAACAGCUCUGCGAUUACUACGAAGUGAAGUUGCAUCUUUAAUAUCUGAUUAUGAUCAGAUCUUGGCCUGGGGAACAAAACAUGUAAAGAAUCUUUACUCUCAUACAAAAAAUUUAGUAGCAGUAUCGAGUAUAUUUUCAAGAUACAAGGCUUUGAGUCACGGGGUCUUAUUAAUAAAAGUCGAUUAA